GCCAAUAAUAAACCAGUAUUCCAUUCAGUGGUAGUCUGGCAGAAUGGCGAUUAACAUGGGGCUCACGCUGUAUCAUCUCUUAUUUCUUGUGUCAGCAGUUUACUGGACCCUAUCACAGGAACAAGAUAUGAGUUCGGAAAAUAUUAAUGAAAUUCUGGAUAGGUUAAUACAACAGACCAAACCAAAUGAAAGUGGUAUUGUACCAGAUAUAGUGGACACUGUCAAUCCUAGCGUUGAAACACCGCCAGGCAAUGAGUCAAAUAUUUAUUAUUUUAAAACAUUUAUGGCACCACGAAUUAAUUUCAAGUCAAAUGGUGAAAUAAUACAAGGUUCCCAAGAGUCAAAUAUAAGUAGUCUUGAAGCCGCAGAAGGUACCGAACUGACUACAGGAGAAGAAUCUUCACGACACACAAGCAAAGUAGUAACCAAAUCUUUCAUUGAAAUUGAACAUCAGAAACAAACUAUGCCGAGACAACUAUAUGGAGGUAACACAGAAGUGAAAUCUGGAAACGGGAAUACCACGUCAAUAGAACAUUCAAUAAAGAAAGAAUUUAUGUUAGAUUUAAAUGCAGCCAACCACAAUAGGAAAAGUCAACAAAAUGAUCAUUUCAACUUGUUACAUCAAUACCCUGAGAUCAUCAUUGACCAUGUGACCUACGACGACGAUGAACAAACUAAUGAUAGCAAGCCAGUCACCCCUACAGUUAAUACCCAGCAUGUACAAGAAAUCCCUCCAAAACUUACUUUAAGAACGCGACAUAGCAACUCAGACGAAAAUAUUGAAACCCCUAUACGCGAUCCGACGGAACAUUCUGGUACAAAUCAUUAUUUAACACCCGAAAUUAAACACUUAAUCGAUACCAUUAUACAAAAAAAGGUAACGCAUGAUAAUCUUUUUAGACAAGAUACGGAGAGCGAGACCCGUAAACAAAGCAAACUUCUGGAAAAGAUACUACAAAAGCUGCCUGAAAUGAAAUUAAUGGGUAAUAAUGGUAAAGAAAACUACUUACGUCAGCGAGAACUUGCCCACCCUCCAGAAAUUGAUACAUUGUCACAUUUUGGUCACCCAGCAGAUAGUUUAGUGCAUAGAAAUGUAGGUAAUCAUUUUAGAAAACCAUAUUUGCAUGCACCGCAUAUGAUUAAUAAAUGGGAAAUACACAGCCGCUUGUUGAAGACAUUGUUGCGAACGUGUAGACCUAAUGGCCUUAACCAUGUUCGACUCAUAGCUGAACUGAUUGACAGGAUUAUAUCCAACAUCGACUACAGAUCUGCAUGCUACGAUUUAUUUAAGUAAUAAAGAAGUGUUAACAGGACAGUGUGUUUGUAAUUAUAAUUUCGGUGCCUAAAUUCCGUUUGUUUAUAAUCAGUCACCGGCAGCUAGUUAGCGAAGUUGCGACUCGGAAACACAAAGAAGCUAUCCGCAAUUCGUAGUCUAACUAGUGAACAGCGUGCAAACACGAUCAAACCGAAGUCCAAACUGCGCUCAAAGAUCUAGUUAGCUGCGGGGAUGAUCCACUGUUCAUUGCCAUGUUUGUUAUUUGCUGACGUGGUUAAGAACAGUGUAUCUGGCAAUGAGUGCACAACACUACUGCUGAAGGAGGUGUAAAUCUCUUGUUUAUUGUGUAGAUAUCUGAUCCCUGAGGAUCUAAUGAAAUCUAAAU